AUCGAAUGCCGCAGCUUCAAGUUGGACUUACAAUUGAAAGCCAAACCUACGGGACGCGUCAGAAGAAUCGAUCAUCGUGAUGAGUUCUGAAGAUCGUGUACAAGUGGCUGCUUCCUUCAUCCUUCAAUCGCCCCCAGGAGAGAUUAAUGACGUCUUGAACGAUGUUCGUGUCAUCGUAGAUGAUGACGCGGGAUUGGAGGAAGGCAUCCUUCCUGCCCUUCGGGAAUAUAACAUCGCGCAGUUCACAACGGUCGAAGUGCCAGGUGAACACCAUCAGACAAUAGUUAGCGAAUUUGCGCGUGUACCCGGCACCGAAGAAGAACGCUAUCUAGACCCACGAUCUAAAACUUCUUUUGUUUUCAACCACUUGACUCUAGAAGCCACUGAUCCUCAGUCGGAGGAGCCUUCCGAGGCUGAGCCUCAGCGUGCUGCGUUGGAAUCUGCUGCUUUGUCGUACUUGGGCUCACACUACCACGAUGGAGUUGCUACUGUGCUAGCCAUGUCGACCACCCAAUUCGCUAUUCAGAUCGUCUCCAAUAAAUACAAUCCAUCAAAUUACUGGGCUGACUUGGAGAGUAGGACCAUACAGGGAAGAGUCCUCGUAAAUGUUCACUACUAUGAACAAGGCAAUGUCCAACUCAGUACAUCGAAUGACUCGUCAAUAUCAAUACCAGCUACUGUGUCAUCACUAUCUCCUGCAUCAUCGGCAUCCAAAAUAUUUGCAUUGAUCGAGGCUGAAGAGUCGCGAUGCCAGACAUUCCUGAAUGAUGCAUAUCAUGAGAUGGGAGAAAAGGCAUUCAAAGGGUUGAGGCGCGCCUUGCCCCUGACGCGACAAAAGAUAGACUGGGAUAAGACUAUGGGAUAUAAACUGGGCGCUGAACUUACCGCUAGCAAUCGUGCCUUCGGCGCCCAACCUCGAUAAUGGUCACAUCAGCAGUCGUCCGGUUUCGAGGGAUACCACUUAUCUGUAGUUGUAUUCUGUGGAAAUGAAAAACCAUUUCACUGAAAUGACGCAUAUAUCUAACUUGCAAUUUGACAAAUAUUUUAGCGCGCAUGUUAACAACCUCACUCGCACAUAGUUCUCUAUGGCGUCAUCUUUUAUUUCG